GUGAAAAAUAGCAUUUUGUAGCUUACAUUUUCCGAGGCAACUGGUAGGGUUAGGGAUUUGGGGAAGUUCAAACAACAUCCACAGGAGAAAUUCCUGUUCUCUUACAAAACACCCUAAUUAUGUAAAUUAAAUAGAAACCCCAAAAUGAGUAAAAUAAAGAUACGUUUACAAACAGAGGAACCGGCACGGUUGCACAAUGGGAAGCUUACAUUUGUGUUUUAUAGUUAAGGUAAGUAGGCAUCUCAUUUUUAAGAGAAAUUAAAAAAUUACCCACAACACACAUUAAAUAUCACCAAGAAACUAUGAAAGAUAAGCAUCUGUAAACUGGGAACUAUUGCCAUUGAACACAAGUGGUACUGAGACAACUAUCCAUUCAUGGCAGCUGCAAUACAAUUUUCUUUUGAGCAUAUGAAAUAUGAAGUUUUUAUGUUUCGCAGAAGCUUAUUGUAACAGUGCAACACUUUACUUCAAUUGAUAUUACGCCCCAUAAUAUCAGAAUAUUGAAACAUCUCAAUUUCUAAAGAAGGGCCAUAUUAUGCAUCAUGCCAAUAAGCAAGAAAAUGACAGGGAUUACCUACUCCAAAAAUUCUAGCAUCACCUACACACAUUUCAGCCAUUUUUGCCUGACAUGAAGGUAAAGCAUACAUAUGGGCUGGAAAACUUUUCAAAUUAAAGAAAUUUAACACCAUAAUAUUAAAAAAAAACCUGAAAAGAAAGUUGUCAAAUGUCACUGAUCUUUGAAUGCUUUAAAUUUGAAGGCACACAGCUUGUCCCAAAAAGAAGUUCUAGAAAGAAUGCAACCACAUAAUGCAGUGCCUUUAUCAAGAUAAUCACUUUAUGCUUUUAUGCAAUACAAAUGUGUGUCAGUCUAUUUGUCUGAAUUUCAAAGCCUCAAAUUAAGCAAAUAUUUUACAAAAAUUCAGGAUCAAAGGCUCCAAAUCCCAUAAGGCUUUAUCUACUAUAUACCCCCCACCCCCCCUAUAAUUGACUGCAAAAAGGUUAGCUAUCAUGUAACUGAAAUACAAAGUGUGACAUUCACCAGAAACUAACUACAAAGAAAUAACCCAUAUUUAUCUGUACACAGUGCAUAUAUCAUCCCAAAUCCUAUUUUCCAUAUGAACAAAAUGUACAGAGACUGCCAAAUUUAGAAAGCAAGCUGCAGCAUUUAAAACAUUCUGAUGGGGCAGCGAAACCAGCGAGGAAGAAAAGAGAGGAGGUCAUCAAACAAGCAAGUAGGAGUAAGCAAGAGUGCAAGGCAUAAAGUAAGCUAACAAGCCAGAGCAUUACAGAGCAAGAGGAAGAGAGCAAGGGAGGGAGAGCAAGGGAGCGAGAGCGGGUGAGAAAGCUACAGGGAAAGAGGGGGCGAGGGAAAGAGCAAGCAGACGAGCGAUGCAGCGAGAGCGAGCAGGAGAGAGCAGGGGAGACCACGCAAUAGCAAGAGAGCAGACGAGAAUGAGCGAGAACGCGCAAAUGGGAGGGAGACUGGGGGAGAGCACACGAGAGAGAGAGGGAGAGAGAGAGAAACUGCAUCACUGAUCGACGCCAGCCUGCCACCACUCUGUAGCAGUGCGUGCCUGCAACAAAAGCAGCGAACAGCCUGUCUGAUUCUUUCCUUAUCCUUUUUUUGACCAGCAACUAUCCUCUGUGUUGAGAACUCAAUACAGACACGGCUGACGGAGCGACAAGGAGCAAGAUUUGCGAGAAGGGUCUCCGACUGCCAUCAACAAGUUAUGCGAAGGCAGACCCCCAGUCAUGAAAGGAGACUGCUUGAUCUUCAAUUAACCAAUUGAGCUGACAUCAUUGCAGUAGCAAAGGAGAGGGACGAAAAACCAAAAACGCACAAGGAUUGUGAUGGAUUCAGAUCAACUUAUAGACUGAAGGGGGGGAAUCUAUUUUCCUAAUUUCUCAAAAGAAACCGGAUUAAAAAUAUAAGAUUAAAAUUCUAGUCAUGGAAUUGCUCCUUUUGUUGCAUUUGUGGAGAUCCAGCAUUGCUUUAUUUAAGAUCACGAUUCCUUUUGUGUUUUAUCAAAAGGGUUUUUGUUCAUUUGAUUUUUUUUCCGUCUGGCUGCUCAAAGUGUCUGCGGAGAAAAACAGUUGAAUGCAGCCUCCGAUGUGCAGAAAAGAAUGGGUUUCCAUUCAAGGUGGAUACUCGUAGGACCAGCACCAGCGGCACUCUUUGCGAUCAGCAUGCUGCUGUGCCUGAUCCCUGUGUCAUGCACAACCUGCCCCCAGAAAUGCCGCUGUGAGGACCUGCAGUUUUACUGCGACACACAGGGGCUCCUGGCCCCCCCAGAUGGUGUGGAGAGGGGGGCUUUGGGGCUCUCACUGCGGCACAACAGCAUUACAGAACUAAGCGCUGAUCAAUUCUAUGGCUUCAGCCAGCUCACGUGGCUCCACCUGGACCAUAACCAAAUAAGCACCGUGAGGGAGGAUGCAUUUCAGGGGCUAUACAAGCUUAAGGACCUCAACUUGAGCUCCAACCGCAUCACCAAGUUGCCCAACACGACCUUCAUCCACCUCAUUAAUCUCCAGAUCCUGGACCUUUCCUUCAACCAGAUGACAGCUCUUGAGCCAGAGCUAUUCCAUGGCCUGCGCAAGCUCCAGAUACUGCACCUGCGCUCCAACUCCCUGCGUACAACUCCCGUACGGGCCUUCUGGGACUGCCGCAGCUUGGAGUAUUUGGGCCUUAGCAACAACAGGCUAAGAAGUCUGGCUCGCAAUGGCUUUGCAGGCCUGAUUAAGUUGCGGGAACUCCAUCUGGAGCACAAUCAGUUGACCAAGAUCAACUUGGCACACUUCCCCCGACUGGUUGCCCUUCAAGUCCUCUACCUUCAGUGGAACAAAAUCAACAACUUAACAUGUGGGAUGGAGUGGACCUGGACAACUUUGGAGAAGCUGGAUCUCACUGGAAAUGAGAUCCGCACUCUGACUUCUGAUGUGUUUGAGACUCUACCCAAUCUUAAGAUCUUGCUACUGGAUAACAACAAACUAACAAGCCUCGACAGCCAGACCUUGGAUAUGUGGCACUCACUGGGAACUAUUGGGCUUUCCAGCAACCUCUGGGAAUGUACCAAAGGGAUCUGCUCACUGGCUACUUGGCUGAGCAUAUUCAAGGGAAGGUGGGAACACUCUAUAUUGUGCCACAGCCCAGAGUAUGCACAGGGUGAGGAAAUACUGGAUGCGGUUUAUGGGUUUCAGCUUUGUCAAAAUUUUUCGGCGCCAUUCCUGCCGACCAGCCGCUCUCCUGAGGUCACGUCACCCCAGGAAGCCACCAGCUCCCUAUUUGGAAUUAUGCAGACGCCCACGCAGGACUUCUAUGCAGAGGAUUUUGGAAGCUUUACUACAGUUGCUACUACCACCACUGCCACCCAGCCACCCAAGACUGUCACUGCGACCACCACCACCACCACAGUCGGGUGGGCAUCCGUGACAGACGACUUCUCAGAGAUUGACAACACAGUUCUCACCCAGAGGGUCCUAAUUGGAACUAUGGCCCUAUUGUUUUCAUUCUUUCUCAUCAUUUUUGUGGUAUACAUCUCCAGAAAGUGUUGCCCCCCAACACUGAGGCGAAUCCGACAUUGCUCAGCAAUUCAGAAUCGCCGACAGAUGAGGACUCAGACGCGACAGCCAAUGGCAGACCUGGCCACCCAGGUGCCCUAUAAUGAGUAUGAGCCCAGCCACGAGGAGGGUGCCCUCGUCAUAAUUAACGGGUACGGGCAGUGUAAGUGCCAGCAACUGCCUUAUAAAGAGUGUGAAGUAUGAACUAUUAUUUAUUCUUGCAGAUCAUGGUUUCCCAUUUAGCCAUUCCAAACAAUAGUGUUGGUUUGUUAUUUUUCCAGUAUAUAUUAAAAACCAACUUGUUGGCUUUGAACAUAUGUUUUGGAAGCAGAUGUACGAUGCAGCUGAAUACAGGCCAUCUUCUACAGUUCGAGAAGAUUCAGAUUAAGUUAACAGGUGUGAAUUGAUAUUCACACAUUUAUUUUUAUAAUAUGAAUACACAUUUGUUGGUAUCAAGAAGGAAAACUGAAGACAUGCCAUGUCACUUAGAAAUAUAUAUGGUAACAAAAAUAACCUAAUUAUGAAGAGGAGUCAGCCAACCACAAGAGGUAAUACUUUAAUCUUUACACACGGUAAAAGAAAAAAAAAACUGAAUUUAAUCUUUAAAGUUGGAAGUGUUUUUGUUAUGAUCUGAUCAGACAAUGCAGUAUUCACAGGUCAAUUCAGUGCCCAAGUCUUACUUGCGCAGCUAACAAAUGACACUUAACAAGGAUAUUUAGAACCUCUCCAGCCAAUAAGCAGCCUUCCAGGUUUAGAACUAAUUCCAUCACCUCUUAAAUCCAAAAGCUUAGCACUUUUUCUGGGAAAGGUAAAUGACCAAUAUGCCACAGUAUUAAUUCUGCCAAAAUGUCGUAGCUCUCUAGCACAGUGGGAGCAAAAUGCUAUUUAUGAAACCACUGAUCCAAAUAUCAGCUACAAGAAAUCUUCACACUGGUUCAAUUUAAAACCAGUAAACAAGGUGUCUCCCUCUUCUCCACAAAUAUAACCACAAUGAAUAUAUAAGCCUGUAUUAUUUGCCAGUAUACCUAGAUAAAUGCUAAAUUUGGAAUAAGCAGUACCAAAAUUAAGAGUCAUGGCUCAGUGAAUUUUCAGUGCCGCAAACAGUACCUGAGGGGCAGACAGGAAUGACACCCUUGAGUUAAAUAACUGAACAAUCUCCAUUAGAGAAUCUCUAAUUGAGGGGUGUCACGGCAUAGCACCGCUUGAACACAUUCUCACAGGCUACCUCCAAUAAAAAAAAAAAAAAAAAAAAAAAGAAAAAAAAAAAACACGUUCCAUGUCUUGUACUUCAAAGGGGGGGAAAAAACCCAUUUAAACACAUUAAUCCAACACUGCAAGGCAAUGUUGAAUUUUAUAUAUAAAAACUAUAUAUUACCGACUAGAGAUUCCGUUUCAGUUUCCCAGAAGCACCAGCAGUACAGGUGACUCAUCCUGAACGACGAGCCAUCACUUUGUGCCAAACGGAAUGGUGUCUAUCAUUAAAUGAAAGCAGCUGCCGGUCUGUGGUCUUCAGGAUAAGGAUGUAGGCUUCAACUGAAUUUAUACUUUUAAAUUAGUUACAAUGAAAGGGGGAGGAGAGCACAGAUUACACUAAUAACUUUACAUUUAAACCAUAUGGACAGUAAUGGAAUAUUGUAAUACAUGUUUGAUAGAGAAAAAGAAAAUACAUGCUCUAGGAAGCACGCGUUAAUGCAAAUCGACGACAAAAAGUGGCCUCUAGGGGGAGAUAUAAAAACAAAAUCUGCACAGAAUUUUUCCAGAAGCGAGCGAGCGAGCGAGAGAGAGAGAGAGAUUAAGACAAUUCACAGAGUCACAGGGAAAGCCCCCCCCCCCAAAAGUCCAUGAUAUAUCCAGUAUUUGUAAUUUGACCGAAUCCCCGACUACUUAAAAUACCUGCCUAAAUAAGACAGCCAUAUUAUGAAGAGUGAUACUAAUUAGUAUACAAUUCGUAUGAAAACCUAGAGAGCUGUUUGAAUAGGUUGACAUGGUAGUCAUGGUAUUUACAAAAACAGCAGGCCAUUUCAAAUAUUUCCCCAAGAAAUUUAUGCGCAAUAUUCCUCAUGUGCUGCAGCUCUGGCCUGCUCCCCUACAUACCCUGCAUGUUCCCAAAUGACAGACAAGAGUUUUGUACGUGCCAGCUGAGGUCAGCAAAGACUGGACAAGCCUUACAUCUGUAUUUAUCAAAAGCUUGGAAUUGGACAAGUUAUGAACUGGACUGGUGGUUAAACAUUUUAUUUCUAGAAAGUUUAGCAAACAUCUGGCAUCUAUUAAAAGCAACAGCUUGUGAAGUGAUCAACACAUGAAUUGUAGAAUUUUACAUCGAUCUGCACUCCUUUCACCUGUAUCCAUACCAUGGUGAAGUGUGACAUCACAUUCCCUAGCAAUCCUGAUCUUUAAAAUGGGUAACGCAUAUGAGACAGCCAUUUUAAAUAUUACAUCGUUGGUAGUGUUUUCAUUUUCACAGAGGGGGAGAUCAUGGGAUUAUUGAGAAAACGCACUUGUGCAGUUGACUUUAGGCACACUACCAACACUCAGAAUUAAUAGCAAAACCCAACAUGGUUAAAUGAUUUAUACUCAUGCCUUUAAAACAUUCUACCAUGGCUUCUCAGUAAUCCAUUGAAAAAUGUAUCAGAUGAAAAAGCAUUCAGCAGUCAAAAUUCAUUAGGUAUUAAUUUAUCAGUAAAUGAUUCCUAUUAAAAUCUUUACUAAUUCUGAUUAGUUUGGUAAUCCCCUUCAAUGAUUGGUACGCUUGUUGCUAGGAAAAAAAUGAUGAAAGCACUUUACCAGCGUGUCAAAAUACUCCAUGCUCUCCCACAUUGCCUACAAACCCAUUGAAAGCACUACUUUCACUACGCUGUGGUCCAAAAGAAUGCUUCCCCCCUUUUUCCUUUUGUAUUGUAAUAUGUACAAUUUCAUAUAUGUAUAGUGGACAAAAGAUGUGGCUUUAACUGAAGAUUUUUUUUCCUUAAAACAUAUAUUUUUUAAAUAAAAAUGACUACAGUUUCUGAUCUUG